AUGAAGGAUCGAACGGAUAAAAAGAAGUGUGAAAAUCACAGACGAAAAUACCUUGGAACUGCGAGGCUAGGGUUUGGGAAGAGCGGCGAUUUUGUGAGUGAACCAAGAUUCCCUUUUCUUUUACCUCGGUCGGCGCCAAUUUCCCUUCAGCGUAGCCCUCAUGCCGGCAUUUUUCCGGCUAUCUCAACCCGAUUCGGGUCGGCUAUGGUGGUCUGGCGUCUUGACUGGCCCUCUCUCCGAGUUCCCGAUGGCCUUGGCAGUGGGUUGGGGGUGUCCGACGAGUCGCUGGUUCUUCCAUGGUCGCCGGCUUUGAGCGCUGCUAAGUCAGCUUUUUGGGGUCUGAGUUUUCGCAGCAAUCUCAUGUUUGGGUUCAGCCGAUCUCUGGUGUUGGGAUCGAUGGGCUUCAUCAGCAACAACAGCCUCCCGCCUCGAUGGGGGGAGGGGGGGCUGUGGUCUUCGAUUAUUGUGAGCUGCUCGAGUUUACCGAUGGUAGUUGCCGUUGGAAGUGUAUGUGGUAUUCGGGCGGGUUCUGGUUAG